GGGGAGGGAUGACAACCCAGAGACAACGCGCAUCACAAUCGGGGGCGGGCUAUAUAAGUGGGGCUGAGCGAGGCUGGCUGCCAUUUUGCCGCGAGCUGACGAGCGAAGAGGGACAAGCUUGAGCUGGGAAGGUGGAGCAAGGGGACCGUGAGUGCGGUCCAGCUGAUCCUCCUCAAGCCAGCCAAGUUUGGCGCUCUCUGGCAAGUCACAGGCAUGGCUGAUCCCUGGGGAAUGAGCUUCUUCCCCAGCCCAGAAGCCUUCUGGGCCUUCUGCUCCUUCCUGUGGCUGCUGCUGCUGGCGUUUGCCUGCUUCUCCAUGAUGCCGUGUGGCAAGCCGCAGGAAGGGAGGACGAGGAGGUGCUGUUACAGAAGGAACCAGGAGAAUCGCAGAGUUUGGACCCUCCACAACUCUUCAUGGCGUAAGAGGAAGCAAUGUCCCGAGCACGCAAAGAUGGAUGGAAUAGUUGAACUAGCCCAACUGUUCAACAGGACCCUUGAGGACUUCAACAGAUACAUGGAAAUGCUCAACUUGGAGUUGCCAGGGGACAGCAGUGAGUCUACCACUUCUGACACAGAGAGUGAAACCAGCUGCUCUUCAACGGUGUCUCUGGACUCUUGGAGCACCAUCUCCUGCACUACCAUCACGGAGAGCGAAACCACACAGAUUUCAAGGGCAUCUACCCCAACUCCUCUGCAGAAAGAAGACUCACUUCAUGCUUCUGUGUUCCAGCCUGGACUCAUGCAUCCCAAGGCUGGCCCAGAGGAGCAAUGUGACCAUGACACUCACCCACCCUGCAGGGAAGAAGUGGUCGGUGCACACUCAGGAAGCAGUGUGCACCAACACCAGCAACACGUCCAGGUCCAGCAGGCUGCUCCCACCCAUCCUCCAGAGGUGCCCAAAUUCCACUCCAUGGAAAUGAAGACAUCUUUGCCACAAAAGGAGACCCAGGAGACCCAGGAGACCCAGGAGACCUUGGACUGCUUCACCCCAGAGAAGAAAGAGGAGGAGAAACUGCGCCUGCCAGCUGAUGGGGACAAGCCUCCACAAGAUGACCCAGCCUCUGCUUCAAAAAUAUCUAAGCGAGCAGAAAAGCCUACUUUGAAGGUGGUUCCCAUGGUGCGGGACCUGCCCUGUGUGGACAAGACUGUGGGAAGUCAUCUGGAGGGGCCUCGUGGAAAAAUGCAGUCAAAAGUGCUCUUCAGGCUGCGAAGAAGGAUACUGAUUUCCAUUAGGAGAUUUUUAAACCUCAUCCUGAGGCAAAGACUCCGAGACUGAGGCUCCCCAGUGGAACACCAGGCAGAGCCACCGCUCACCCUGCCGGAAGGACAAGGGAUGCUCCCAGGACAGACCUGGCUUUGCAAGACUCCGUCCAAAGUGCAUCAAAGCCCCAAACCACAACCUGCCUGGCACUGAAAGCUCCCAGAAUUUGGCUCCGUCUGCAGCUGCACUCCCAGGUGCAGCUGGAGGAAAGACAGUGGGAGAGAAGAAACCAUCUGCAGAGGGGGCCAAGGUUCAGCAGGACCCAGCAGGGCACGGAGCCAGCAAGCAGCAGAUCCCUGCCAGCCCGACAAGGGAGCGGGGGCUCUCUCAAUAAAUGUGUCACUGGAAGCACACUCAU